AUGAAAGUUCCAAAUAGGUUUCAUUGGGAUCCUCAUACAUUCAAGAUAUUUCUUGAAGAAUGUAUGACCGAGCUAAAUAACGGGAAUAAGACAGGUACUUAUUUCAAACAGGCGGCGUGCCAAAAUAUAUGUAAGAGGCUUUUGGAACGAACGGGUAAAGAAUUGGACAGAAAUCAAAUGAAAAACAAAUGGGACAUUAUGCGGAAAGAGUUCAAAUAUUAUGACCGUUUAACAAGACUGGAAACGGGAAUUUCAACUGAUCCCACGAAAAAUAUAAUCUCAGCAUCAAAGGAAUGGUGGGAUGAGAAAAUAAAGGAAGAUAAAGAGUAUGCUAAGUUUAAGGAUAAGAAUUUGGAUGUGUAUCAGACAUAUUAUGAGGCUUUAUUUCGGGAUACUGUAGCUGUUGGAGACAAGGCUAAGAAUUCAAUCGCCAUUGAACUUCAAAUUCAUUGA